CAAGGCAUUUAUUCAUAAGCAGCAGCAGCAGCAGCUAGAUGGUGUAAAUCGACCUCAACCUCAACCUAACACAAUGCAAAUGCAGAGCAGCAAGCCCCGACCCAAACACACAACGGUAUGUUUCGGCACCUCGGGUGACCGAAAUUGCGGCGUGGGUGUCCAGGAAGUGCUCCGUGUCAUUCAAACACUCGAGCACGAGGGCGUCCCCAACUGCGUCACCGGUGCCAAGGCAUUGGCGUACUAUGGCGCUGGCAGAGUUGCUCAAGAUUGGGAAAUCGCCGUGCCAGACGAGCUUUUGGACCAGGCCAACGUCUUCUUCACACACAAGGACGAAUAUGAGGCGGUGAAACCCAUCAUGCCACAGGCCAAGUCUCUCAUCCACACAUACCCGUUGUACAAGCUGAAGCACGCCGCCUUCACCUUCUCCCUCGUGCCGGCCUCGGAGCCAUGCAUCGACUGCGAUCCCGCCAAGUGCGAGCGCAGCCAUAGCGGGAUACCCUAUCCCAAACUCGAGGACUUGGCCCAAAGUCUGCUCGACACGCAAAACUACGCCGGCCUGGAAGAUCUCGUUGACGGCAUGGACCUGGAUGAAGAAUGGGGCUACGAGAAUCUGGAUUUGGACCGAGAGCCGAUCGAAUACAUCAAGCGCAAGAAUGAGCUGAUCUGCGAGUCCCGGCCAGGUCUUCCUGGCCUCAUGGCGUCGCUCUCGUUAUCUCCUGACGCUCGGAGGGAGUGGACACGGGCUAUCGUGGGGAAGGUAGCGAGGAUGACCCCGAAGUAUACAGAAGCGAUUUACGCAACGAGAUUUCGCCUGAAGGGGUCACCAGACCCCAGAUUGGAUACGAAUCGGCAGGUGUAGGGCACAGGCUGCAGGCAGCAUCGGGACGAGUCACGACGAAACUUCUCGCAAGUCGCAACCGAUACAAUAAUGUGAGGCGAGUUGCAGCUCGUUGGGCUGGUUGCGCGGCUUGAGCGGCAUGUUGAGCUGGGGAUGUCCACGUGUGCAGGGCCAGCUAAAGAACGACCCAACCGCCAGCGUGUUCGGGGAUUCGCCGUGGCAUGCUCGGGAUUGAGCCUGAAAAAAGCGGGAAUUCGUGACUGGUCCACUCUCCUGCAACGAUGAACCAAAGCCGUGGCUGUGCCUGGCCAGCCCCACGUCUUGGCAUUUCGACUUGCUGUCCAGCGAGCCAGCCUCGCGCCAACACACCCCAGUCCAGCC